AUGUCUACAUCUCCCUCCACGGGUCUUACCCCCAAGACCCCCAAGCGAAGCUCCCCUACGGCUAUGAAGCCUCUUCACGAAGAGGAGAACAUCCAGCCGUCCAUCGAGUCAGCUACCUCGGGUCCCCCUGCCUUCAAGCAGAAGCCAGCCAUUGCAACUCUUGCUACAUCCAAGCUUGCCAAUCAGAAUGCUCUCAAGGUUGGUUCUUCCUCCCGCAAUCUGCCGCUUCGCUCACAGCGACGACAGAAGAAGACCAAUCAGGACACCAUCGCUGGCACGAACCCCAUGGAUAUGCUCCUUGCGAAGCUGUCUGAGCAGCAAGCUGCCCUUGAUCAGCAGAACGAGGCUUUGAAGAACUCUGAUGAGAACAGCUUAUACUCCCGUCACUUCGACAAGGCUUCUUCGACGACGAACUCGGUCCCUAUCACUCCCGCCACGGACUCGUUCCCCACGACCGCACCCACGAGUCGCCCAACUAGUGCCGCACUUAAGGAGACUAACGGCAAUGUGGACGAGCUCCUUCGACUGAAGAUGGAGCUUGCCCGAGCACAAAACAAGAUCUCUCGCCUUGACCACGAGCUGGCUCAGUCGCGCUCGAUCAAGCAAGAAGAUGACAUCGCUCCGGCUCCGCCCGCCGCUCGUCUGGGAGCAUUCGGUGCCGAGAAUGCCUGGCCAACCGACGACAACUCUUCGGAUGUCGGCGCCCCUUCCAUCAACAACUACAGUCGUUCCCGUACCACUUGGGGCAACAACAGAGCUCCUCUGUCCUUUGGUGCGGCUGCUCCCAUCUCUGACUCCGGUGGUGAUUGGUAUGGUGGCGGACGUGGCGGCUUCAACCAGGGCUACAUGGAUCCCGCUGGUCCGUACAAUAUGGCGGAUGGUUAUCGCAACGAUCGCAUGAGCCAUGAAGCCGAGAUGUUCUCUCGGCCUCCUAGCAGUCGCCGAAACAACCGGUUCGACAACAGCCGCUGGCCAUCUCCUCAGCCGUACGGAGGAACCAAUUUUGGACACAACUAUGGCGGCUUCACUCCCUCCCCUGCUCCGUUUGACCCUAUGGGUGGACCUCCCGGUAGCGCUUCAGGCAAUAUGGGCUCGGGAAUGUAUCAAGGCUACAACCAGCAGGGACCGGGAAGUUCACUGUCGCCCCAUGCAACUGAGUUCACCACUGGUGAUGGAUGGAAGAGCGAGGCCAUUGCCACCGAGGGUCAGACGUACCUGCCAACUACUGAGCCUCUCAACUACCGCCGGUUAUUGGACCGGAACGUCAAUUGCAACUGGAAGUACAUUGUGGACAAGAUUGUCUGCAACAACGAUCAGCAGGCUUCCAUUUUCCUGCAGCAGAAGCUCAAGGUUGGCACUCCGGACCAGAAGUACGAGAUCGUGGAGGCCAUCGUUGCCCAAGCGUAUCCUCUCAUGGUGAACCGUUUCGGCAACUUCCUUGUUCAGCGUUGCUUCGAGCAUGGCACUCCGGAGCAGGUUGUUAAGAUCGCGGAAGCCAUCCGCGGCAACACUCUCAAUCUGUCCAUGGACCCAUUCGGCUGCCAUGUCGUUCAGAAGGCAUUCGACUCCGUUCCCGAGGACUACAAGGCUAUCAUGGUCCAUGAACUCCUUCGCAGAAUUCCCGAGACCGUCAUUCAUCGUUACGCCUGUCAUGUCUGGCAGAAGCUUUUCGAGCUUCGAUGGUCCGAGUCCCCGCCCCAGAUCAUGAAGUUCGUCAACGAAGCUUUGCGAGGAAUGUGGCACGAAGUCGCCUUGGGCGAAACUGGCAGUCUGGUUGUCCAGAACAUCUUCGAGAAUUGUCUUGAGGAAGACAAGCGUCCCUGCAUUGAGGAAGUCCUUGCCAACAUCGAUAUUGUGGCCCACGGACAAUUCGGAAACUGGUGCAUCCAGCACAUUUGUGAGCAUGGCGCUCCAGCGGACCGAAGCCGUGCUAUCGACCAUGUCAUUCGCUACGCUGCCGAAUACAGCACUGAUCAGUACGCCUCCAAGGUUGUCGAAAAGUGCCUCAAGAUUGGCGGUGGAGAGUUCCUCAGUCGCUAUCUCGAUCGAGUCUGCGAGGGUCGCGUUGACCGCCCUCGCAUCCCUCUCGUCGACAUUGCAAGCGACCAGUACGGCAACUACCUCAUUCAGUACAUCCUCACGCAUGCGGGUCUGCAGCACCGCGAGGUUGUCGCCGCCCACAUUCGCAAGCACAUGGUCUCCCUUCGAGGCUCCAAGUUCGGAUCUCGUGUGGGCAUGCUUUGCACCAACCCCGCCGUCGCUACUCGUCCCGGCCCCGGAGUUGGUCCUGCCAUGAACCGAAUGGGUGCUGGUCCUCGCUACAGCGGCGGUGGCGGCGGCUACCGUUAG